AUGAUUGCAGAGCCAAUUCUGUUCAUUCCUACGAUAUUCACUGAUGUUCACAAAACGAAUUUGGAGAUAUUUGAAGAAUACAUCACAAUCAUUGAUAAGAAAAAAGGAUCAGCUGAUAACAAAAAUAUCAGGUCGCAUACAUUCAAAAUGCUAAAGCCUCUUCUAGAUGAAUAUCCAGAAUUAAGAGAUGGAGUGAACGACCUGUAUGAAUUAAGUGAUUAUUUCGAGUUUAUUGAAAGAAUAAAGGGGAUGAACGUGGACAAAAAAGUGUUGGAAUUGCGACCCAAUCUCAGAAAGUGCUAUUUUGAGCAUAAAGAAUGA